ACAGUCCUUUGACAAAGAAAGAGAGCCACAGUCUUUGACAUAACCUCAAAUAAUACAUGGAGGGAAAAUAACCUUAAAAUAUAAAUCUCCACUCCUAGUGUCCUAAGGCUUUACCCACCGGGUAGAUUAAAAAUAGCCUGUGGUCACAAUGUCAGAAUCUAGUGAAUCCUCGGCCUCUAGUUCGGACGAAGAUAGCUACGAUCUGUUUGAAUUACAAGACGACUUAAUCUACAAAGAAACACAAAGAAGAAAGGAACUAAAAAAACUACCUGUUAUUCCUCGAUGUAAAUUAAAGAAGGCGAUAAAACGAUUAAAAGAAGAUCCGAAGAAGAAAUACGACAAACUUUCGCCAAUCGAGAAACGGGCAGUUCACAUGAAAAAAACAUGCACAAAUAAUAAAAAGGUCCAAGACCGUAUAUUAUGGGGUUCGCCUACGUACCUGAUGAGGGCAAUUAAAAAUUGUAUAUUAACACGUAAUUGGAAUAAUUUGUCGUUACUACUCUUAUUACUUUUGAGACAUAAUCGAGUAUAUCGCGGUUUUGUUAAGCAGAUGACUUUGUGGAACUUUAUGUGCAAUCCUGAUGAUUAUGAUAAUCAAUAUUUUAACGAUUUGGUACAUUUAUGUAAAAUCAAGUAAUUAACAAGUCAUUUUAGCCUUAUAUGCGCAAAAUACAAUAAAAAAAUUGGCUUUUA